CCUCUUUCUGCAUCACCAACAUGGAUGCUUUUCAGAGCCUUUUAAAAUUCUUCCUUAACCAGAAAACUGUGAUUGGGUACAGCUUCAUGGCUCUGCUGACCGUGGGAAGUGAGCGCCUCUUUUCAGUGGUGGCUUUUAAGUGCCCCUGCAGCUCUGAGAAUGUGGUCUAUGGGCUGGUGUUCCUCUUCGCGCCUGCCUGGGUGUUACUAAUCUUGGGAUUCUUCCUGAAUAACAGGUCAUGGAAACUCUUCACAGGCUGCUGUGUGAAUCCCAGGAAAAUCUUCCCCAAAGGCCACAGCUGCCGCUUCUUCUAUGUCCUGGGUCAGAUCACUCUGAGUUCAUUGGUGGCUCCAGUGAUGUGGCUUUCUGUGGCUCUGCUCAAUGGAACUUUUUAUGAAUGUGCCAUGAGCGGGACAAAAAGUCCAAGACUCCUGGGACUGAUUUGCAAGGAUAAGCCUAAAGAAUGCUGGGAAGAACUUCACAAAGUAUCCUGUGGCAAAACCAGGAUGUUAUCCUCCAACGAGGAAGAACUGAAAUUGUCCCUUCAGGCCCAGUCUCAGAUUCUAGGCUGGUGCCUGAUUUGUUCGGCAUCUUUCUUCUCCCUGCUCACCACUUGCUGUACUCGCUGCCGGUCUAAAGUUAGCCAUCUCCAGCGGAGGUUUUGGAAGACUUACGCACAGAGGGAGAAGGAGCAUUUGGAAAACACAUUUCUGGAUUACGCCAACAAGCUGAGUGAGAGGAACCUGAAAUGCUUUUUUGAAAACAAGAGGCCUGAUGCCUUUCCUAUGCCCACUUUUGCCGCCUGGGAGGCCGCUUCUGAGCUGCAUUCUUUCAACCAAAGCCAGCAGUACUACAGCACCCUGCACAGGGUGGUGGAGGAUGGUCUGGAACUCAGCCCUGAGGAGGACGAGACCACCAUGGUCCUCGUGGGUUCUGUCCACAAUAAGUAA